AUUACUAAUGAGAGAGUUAGGGUUUCGUGAACAUCACAAACUCAAGUGUAAUUGAAAGUUGGAAUUGGGAAUUUUGAAGAUUCAGAACUCUCUCUCUUUACAAAUUCGGUGCAUUUUCGAAUACAUUAUGGAAGAGAAAUCGACUAAUGUUUUGGCUCUUCCCCAGACAACUCAAGAGCUUGCAAUGGAGGGCAUCAAGCAUCUUGAAGAAACCAUAGAAUCCGCUUUCCAGAUUCUCUACUCCAUGAAUGACGAGCUCUGUAAUCCCACAUUAUGGUCCACCACUUCUUCAACGGCAACCACGGCUACUUCUGGUUUAACAAUUGCCAGCCCAAGUGGUCCAUCUUCGCAUUCUGCUAAUGGAGUUGUAAAUGGUGAUGCUAGUUCCGAAAGCACUAGCCAUCACACCGAUUCCAGCGGCGGCGGAGGCAGUGGUAGUGGGGGAGCCCUUGAGGAGGCACGAGUUCGCUACAAGAACUCAGUUCUUGCACUUCGUGCUAUUCUUGCUGCAAUCCCCAAUUCUCAGAAGGCAAAAGCAUACGAAUCGGGUACGAGUGGUCAUGCAUCGCCUGCAGACCAAUCUGAAAUUGAUAAGUUGGAACAACACCUCUCUAAUCUCAGAAAGGAACUUGUGGUUAAAAAUUUGCACAUCAAGCUUCUGAUAGAUCAACUACGAGAUCUUGUUGCUGAUGUAUCUACAUGGCAAAGUCCUUGUUCUGUGUGAAAAAACGUGCUAGCUUUGACUUUAGAGUCUCCUCGCUAAUUGAGCUGUUGAAGUUUAUAAUUGCGAUGUUCUGUUUCUUGAAAAGAUGAGUUAUUAGAACGUUUCUUUGCAUCUCUUCAUUGAAAGUGGUGGCUAUACAAAUUUGCCAUUGCCUAUAAAUUGUCAAUAUAGAGUAAGGCUCUGAUAAAUCAAGUGCCAGAGGAAUUAAAGGUUCAA